UUAGAUGAAUUGCAUCUAGGAAGAACUAAAUUACUAAACCCAUGUCUUAAAUUAGCUAGAUUUUGUCAUUUUGAACAAUACCCAUCUGUUAAUUCAUCUAAUUCAGCGUUAGUGAAACUUCCUCAAAGUAAGAUAGGAAUUUUCUGGGAUUUGGAAAACAAACCCCCAAAUUCGGUCUCUCCGUUUGAGGCUGCGAUUAAGUUGAAAAGGGCAGUUUCAUCUUUUGGGAUUGUUCGAUAUAUGGUUGCUUAUGCAAACCAACAUGCAUUUAGCUAUGUGCCUUCUGCAGUUAGGGAGUUGAGGAAUGAGAGGAAGGUAUUAAAUCGUUUAGAAAACAAGGGAGUUAUCAGGUGCAUUGAACCGUAUGUAUGCCGGGUUUGUGGGAGGAAAUUUAGGAUGAAUGAGAAGCUUAUUGAGCAUUUUAAGGUUCAUGAGAGGGAGCAUCAGAAAAGGCUGAAGCAGAUAGAGUCUGCAAAAGGGAAGAAGAGGGUUAAUUUGGUUGGGAAAUAUGCAAUGAAGAUGGAGAAAUAUAAGAAUGCUGCUCGGGAAAUUUUGACUCCCAAGGUUGGGUAUGGUUUAGGGGACGAUUUGAAACGUGCUGGUUUUUGGGUGAGGAUGGUGUCUGAUGAACCACAAGCAGCUGAUGUUGCUUUAAAGAGUCAUAUAGUGGAUAUGAUGGAUCAUAGGCGAAUAGAAUGCUUGGUCAUUGUCUCUGAUGAUUCAGAUUUUUUGGGUGUCUUGAAGGAGGCUAAGGAGAGAUGUCUCAAGACUGUUGUUGUUGGUGACAAUCAUGAUGGGGUGCUGAAGAGAAAUGCAGAUGCCUCUUUUUCUUGGCGGGAUAUUUUGGUUGGUAAAGCUAAAACGCAGGCAGUUUCAGUUGUAGGCCAGUGGAAAGAUCGUGAUGUUUUGAAGAGACUGGAAUGGUCAUAUAAUCCAGAUCUUGAAAGAGGUGCUUGUAAAGGGAGUAAUGCCUAUGAUUUUGAGAAUGUUCAGCUUGAGGAGGAAGAUACUGAUGAUUCAAUUGAAGAUGAUCACGACCCUUUGCUCCACAAUGAUGAUAGACCUUGGUGGGAAUUGGAUCCAGUUGAUGAUGGUGCAUCUUCUAAUCCAUUGACUUGAUUGUUGACAGAUUUGAUCCCCAUGAAAGGACAUCCUUUGUGAAUUAUUUGAAUGACAGGAAGAUGUGAUUGCAAAGAAAGCAGCAAAGAGUUCCUAUCACUGAAUCAAUUGUUGUCUCAAAAAAGAAGGCCUGGCUCUCAUCAGUCUCAUGUGGUCAUGCCCUUGAUAGGAAAUGGAGUUGCAAAUUAAUAUCCAAUGCAUGUCAGUUGAAUGCGCAAACUUUUUGAGGUUAGUUAUAAAAAAUUUCGCCUGACUUGAUCUAUGUGAUGUAAAAGAAUUGAGCUUCCGAGGUGGAGUCGAGGUGAUGAUCGUAAUUCAGGCCUUUUGAUGUCAUGUUUCUGCUCAUAAUUGUUGUUUCUUCUUUUCCCUCCUCUGAGCAUUGUUAGGAAAACAGGAACUUUCCUUUGAUAACUCAAAAAACUCAUGUUGGAGACAAAGAAAUUAAGAUUGGGAGCUGUUAUGUGCUUAGUCUUUACAGUAUUGAAGACUAUGAAUAGUAUUGGUUCGAUUCUUCAAUGGAAUGUAGGGUUAGGUUGUGCUGCUGAUCUCUGAAAGUUGUAUACCUUGAAUAAUUGGAAUUGUAUGGUCAGUUGUCAAACUGUAACGGGUUAUGUAUCGCUUUCUUUGAGUGGUUUCAGAUGGAGCGUACCUGCAUUGUCAAGGCCUCGAAAGAAUUUGGUUGGCUGUUCCAAACUUACUAAGCUAAUGCAAGUAUGAACACAGGUUGUCUCAAUUUUUCUUUAUUGAUAUAAAUUUGUUUUAAUUGUUUUUGUACUGGAUGUGAUAAUUCUAUAAUUAUUUUUGUAUAUAAUGAUUGAUAAUUUCUAAACAUUGACUUCUCAACCAGAAUAUGUUUACGUAGGUAGUUAAAAUUUCAACAAAGACAGAAAGACUAGUCUAGUGUUUGUAGCACAAUUGACCAAAUCUCCAACGAUGGAAAUCUAUCACAAUCAG